AUGGAAGAAUAAUUAAAAAAAAUUGACAUUCUCAUUAAAAAGCAGAACUUUUAGAAAAGUAUCAAGAAACUUGAAGAACUCCAAAAUCAACUUGACUAGAGGAUUAUAAAUCCAGAGGAAAUGAUUGAAGAUGACUAUGUAUAUCAUAAUAAAGAAUUAGAUUAUAUAAAGUAAUAUAUAUGAGAGAUUUGCAACAAUUUUCAUUGAUAUUAAUUAAGUUUAUAGAGCAAUGUAAUACUUGAUUAAGAUGAUAAAAAUAGAGAAAGAUAUUUGUAAAGCAUCUAAUAAUACAGAUAGUAUUUUGAGACUCUGUAAUUCAUAUGCAAAAAUAGGUAAUUAAAGUAUAUAGAUUAAAUUUAAGGAAGAUGUUGUUUCUACUGUUGCUAUUAUGAAUAGACAUUCAAAUAUUUAGAUUAUGCUUAAUAAUUACUUAUCUAAAAUAAUCUUACUAAUACAGGAGUUUAUGCAUUAACUUUAACAUAGUUAGGGAAUUAUUAUAGAUUCAUGUUUUAGGAUGAUUUGGCAGAAUAAAUGUUAUAUGAAAGCAUCAAAAUUAGGGAAGAAUUAUAUUCAAGGGAUUCUAUAGUAAAAUUUAUAAAUAUGUUAAGGAAGUUGCUGACUCAUUACAUGGACUGGCUUAAUUAUUUUCAGAUGAGGGAAAAAUUUAAGAUGCAAUGUUCUCAAUCAAUUAAGCCAUAUCUAUUUGGACAAAUGUAUUAGGUUAUGAGCAUAUCAAAACAGCUAAAUCAAUUUAUCUUAAAGGAAAUUUAUAUCUUAGAAUGAAAAACACUCAAGAAAGUAAAUAAAUAAUUAUUAUUUUGUAGAUUUAGAAAAAGCAGAAUAAUUAAUAAUUCAAAGUCUACAAAUUAAUAUUAAAAUUAUGGGAAAUUCCUCAUAAGAUAUUGCUGAUUGUUAUCAUUCUUUAGGUAAAAUUAAGGCUUAUAAUAAAUGUUCAAAUGAAUUUGAAGAGUAUUUCUAAAAAUCAUAAGAAAUUUUGCAAGAAUUAUAUGGCUAAAGUCAUGCAAGCAUAGCAAUAAUAUUAAACAAUUUUGGAAGAUCAUAUUAUGAGAGAAAAUAAUAUGAAGAAGCUGUAAAUUGUUUCUAAGAAUCUAUAAAAAUUUAUACUUAAUUAUGUGGAGAUAUGCAUGGCAAUUUAGCUAUUACUUUAAAAAACUGUGCAGAUUGUCACAAGGAAUUAGGUAGAUUUAAAUAAGCAUAUAAUGAUUAUUCAAAGUCAUUAGAAAUUUACAAAGUAUAUAUAUAUAAUAUUGAAUUUAGAAAAUGUAAAUAAAUUAACAAUAAGUUAAUACGAUUCAAAAUUAAAUGAUCUAAAUCUCUGAAAAUUUUUUAGAAGAUUGA